CUGCGGCCGCCGCCAUCGAGCUGAGCCUUGUGCCCGAGAGGGAGCCGCAGAGCUCGCCAAGGCCGGCCGACCCGGGCAGGGCCAUGAAAUCGAGCUAAGGCCCCGCGUCCCCGUCUCUCCAGAUCUCUCCAAGGUAAAAAUGACUUUUCAGUGGACGGCCGUUGCAGUCUUUCUGUAUGUGGAAAUAGCAAUACUGUUGCUACUCUGUAUACCCUAUGUUUCUCCCCUAAGAUGGCAGAAGAUUUUUAUGUUCUCUUUAUGGGAUAAAAUUGCAAACUAUUGGAACAAGGCAUUUCUUGCCAUUAUAGUUCUAUUAAUUGUUUUAUUUCUUGAUGCAGUAAGAGAAGUGAGAAAAUACUCUAAUGUUCAUUUAGCUGAAAAAAGUACACAGGCAACCGCCAGUGCAUAUGAUCACAUUCAAAUGAAACUCUUCAGGUCACAACGAAAUCUUUACAUCUCAGGAUUCUCCCUGUUUCUCUGGCUUGUACUGAGACGUACAGUUUCCCUCAUCACUUUGCUGGCAAAAGAGAUGGGAGCCCAAGUAGCUCUGGAAAUUCAAGUAGCAAACACUAGCGAUGCUGCCAGAAAAUACUUGGAAGAGAAUGAAAAAUUACAGCAGUCAUUGAUGGAAAGAAACUGUGUAAAUAAAGAGUUGAUCGAAGUAACAAAUAAAAAGUUAAAGCAGGAAGCUGAACAACUGAAAGCAGAAAUAAAGAAGAGUUCGAUGGUUCUUGGCAAAAAGACAGAUGCAAUGACUGCAGUUAAGAAUCAGGCUGCAAGCCUUAAAAAAGAAUAUGACUAUCUUAUGCAAGAACACAAAAAACUGAAGGGAGGCGAAGGUGAAAAAUAUGACAAGAAAGCCCUGUAGUUACAGAAGGAGAGGACAUUGGGGUUUAAAUUUCUCUUAUUCUUUCCUUAUGUUCUACUGUGAUCUGAAACAAGGUUUAUUUUUUUAAGAAGUGCACUGCAUUUACAGCCGAAGCUUUAAAGUAUAGGUUGCCAAAUAUAUUCUAUAUUGCAAUAUAGUGUAUCUGAAAUAUCCUGUGAAGUGUCUUUUUGUAAUCUUCUUAGAGUAAUAUUUUAAAGUGGAAAUUACCAUUUAAAGAAGCAACUUCUUUCCAUAUUUUUGCACUGAAACAAAAAGUCCAAAGAUGACAGGUUGUCACUUAUUGCUUGUAAAGUGGAAGAGAAUUAAUAAGAUAGAAAACUAUGAAAUGGUGGUUAGUCUCUGUUGCGAGAGAUUAUCAGGGAUGCCAUUAAAAUUGGUUACUAGCAAGACAAGCGCGGUGGAACAUAUGUUAUCCACAUGGGUUUUAUCUGUGUGGUACAAUCAGUAAAAGCAGCAAACUUGACUUUAACGCACCUUGCAUUUCAUUACGUAGAUGAGUAAACAUCGUAUCACCGCAUGGUUUGGAUUGUUCUUUCUAUAAAAUUUCAAUCUACAAGUCAUCAUUAAGUUCAUACAAUUUGCAUACAUUGUGUGCCAUUGUAUUUUCUUUGUUCUGUAGACUAUAGACUGUACUUCUGAAAAAUGUUUAACUUACAAAAGUGCCAUUUAUGGAAACAAAUUAUGUAGCAUCUCAUACUGUCCCCCCCUCUUCAUUAUUUGCAGUUGAAAGGUUAACUUUUGUAUAUGUGUGGUUUUUGUUGUUGUUAAAGGAUUGCUUUGUCCUCCUAGAUUUGUAAUUUGUACAUCCAGUUCUUAUACAGUUUAGUUUAAUGACCAGCAAAACUAUCUGAAUCUACUUUGGCCAGGAGUUUCCAUGCAUCUGAUGUCCAUGUAAAAUAAAAAUAAUUGCAUCAGAAAUGCUACAAAAUCUAUUUCUGUGUAAAAAGCGCAAGACAGUUUGUCUACCUGUAGGAAAUUGCACGAGAAAGGACCUGAUACUUUUAAUGAAAAUUCGUAUAUUUUGAGCCACUGCUGAAUACAGAUGCCAAAAGUGCCUUGAGUACCCAGUUCUACGUUCGUAUUUAUCUGAAUUUUUGAAAGAAAAUGUAUAUUUUGUCACUAAAUUCCAGAGUUCAGCCUUUUAUUUUGUUCUUUUUUUUUAAAUAAUGAGAAGUUGGAAUUGGAUGCAACUAAAACUGUUAAUUCACUUGAAAUCCUGCAACCGAAUAAACUGGUCCUGCAUGGACAUAACCUUCCAUAAA